AUGCCAAAAAAACAAGGCGCUGAAUUGGGACGUUUUGUCGGUGCCAAUGAACAACUUAUUGCUGUGCUGACGAAGAAAGUGAGACUUGUUACGCAAGGAUCUAAUGAGCAACUUAAGGAAAUUAAAACGACCGAGGACGUUCAACAAUGCGAAAAAGAACUGGAGACAAUCAAUACUUGGAUGAACAAUAGCUUUGCGUCGCGUCAAAAGUCUAUCCAAAUUCACAAAAAGAAUAUUUGGACUGAAGGCCUGAAGCACGACGCUUUCAAGAAAGAGCUAACCGCUUACGGCUCUCGGCUCGUUGAAAUUAAAAAGCAAGUUGAAGAGCUAUGGGACAAUGGAUACACAAAUGCGCAUAAGUCAUUCGGAAAAGCACAAGAAAGAUGGAAUCAAUUGAACAUCGAAAGCGAGGAGCGAUCCGAAUUUCUGGAAGCAGUCGGGAUGGCGGUUCAAGUGGAACGUGAGAUCGAGCAAUUCAACGAGUAUUUUUAUAUGAACGAUUUUCUUAUUGAAUGCAUUAGAUGGCUGACACAAGCUGAAGGACAAUUACGAUCGGUCGAUCAGGCGGCGGCGAAUGGAGAAACAUCAACAAUCAAUACCAGAUUGAAAGCGCUGAAGCUUUUGGAAAACACCACAAUAAUACAACAGGAAACGAUCGACGAUAUUGGAGGGAAGGCCAAGGGAAUUGAAACAAAGGAAAUUCGAGAUGCUUACGCCUCAAUUUCACAACGAUACGACAAAUUGAAGAAGGAUCUCAAUAACGUUUUGGUUGUCGCAAAUCAGCAACACCAAGAUCGCUGUAUUACAAAAUCGGAAGACAACUCAUUGGCUGGUUUAUCUUCUUUUGAAAAGGAUCUACAAGAUUACAAGAACACCUAUGAGCAAAAGAUGCAACAACUUGCCGCUCAAGCCAAUGAAAUAUCCAACGACAGCAGUGUGCAAGCCAUCUUCCGACACACUUUGGAUGACCUGAAAGCAAAAUGGAAAACUCUCGGCGCUGCAUUCGCGGUCAAGGAACAGAAAGCGACGGCACACAAAGCCUUGGACAGUUGGUUGCACAAUGCAGCUGAAUUAGAUGGACAUAUCUCUGAAAGGGAGAUUUUGAUCAGUGAAGAAAUCAUUGAGUGUGACAAUAUAUUGAUUACCAAGUUGAAACGAGAUUAUGAAAUGGCCGAGAGUGAUAUGGAAGAUAUGGGACGACUUCUUGAUCGAUUCAUCGAUUUGGCUGAUGCACUACGCCGACGGUUUCCGGAAGUCUUUCCAAUGCCGGAAGAGCGACGAAGUGAGAUCAGAGAACUUGUUCCCCUCUACGCCUUCCUCACGGAGAAUCAAGAUUUAUGCCAAUGUAUCGAAUCCGAAACAAUUGUUGCAAGCUCAACGGAUACGGCGAAUGAUGUUGAAGGAAUCAAGGCUAUGCUCGAUCAGCAUUCAGAACUCUGGGACGAUAUUUCGGCACGCAAAAGGGAUCUGAUUGAGCAUGAGAAAAAUGGAGGAGAUCUGAUUGCCGCAGAUCAUCUUGCCAAGAAGGAAGUUGCUGAACAACUCGAAAAAGCAGUCAUAGCUUUUAAUGGAUUGCAAGAAGCAUGGAGUCGUCGCAACGAACUGCUUGAAAAUGCAUUCGAGACACAAAAGCUUCUUCGUGAGUAUGAACAGGCGGCGUCAAAUUUUUUA